CGGGACGUCGCCGCCCGCCAGGCCAGAGCAAGGAGCCGCGGAGCGAGCCGAGAGCGGAGGUGGCGGCGGGGCCGGGGCGUGGCAGGUCCCCUCGCAGCCCACUGAGCUCUCGAACCCAGGGCCCGGCGAGGCGGGCGGAGCCCAGUGUAAUGCGGAGAAUGUGAGAGGAGGCGCAGGGCGGUGGGGAGGAGGGGGCGCGCGAGGGCGGCGGCAAGCUAGACGGAGAGACAGAGGACAGGGAUCAGGGAGCAGGUGGGAGAAAGGAGAGGAGAAAAAAGGAGUGGUAGGGACAGGAAAGGGGGACAGAAAGGAGCGAGAGAACACGCGGCGCGGGCAGCGGCGCAGGCGAGGAGGAGGAGGCCGGCGCCUCUGGGUGGGAGCGCCGGAAGCCAGAGUUGGGUGCCCCGGCCGGGGUUCGGGCUGCGAGCGCAGCUGCGGCCGGGCCGGGCAUGGUGGGGGAGAGGGGACGCCCGAGGGGCUCCCUCUGGGAACGGCGGGAGACCUGAGGCAGGGCCAGCCGGGACAGGGGCGCAGGGCCACUCGACAGGCCUCGGGGGCCAUGCUCCUGAUGCUCCGGCUGGCCGGGGCAAGGGGGCCUUUGUGAGCGCCUCAGGAGUGCGCAACCUGGUGUGCGGCCGCGGGGAUGUGUGCGCGUCCGGGGUUGCGCGGGUGUGCGCGAGUGUAAGCGCCUAGGCGGGUGGGAGCGCGCGUUAGGAAUUCUGCUGGCAUCGCAGCGUGGAGAGCAGGAGGCAGGAGUGGGGCGCGCAGGGGAGCGCGGGGCCCUCCCGCGCACACGCACACGCCGGGCGCGCGCGCACACACAUACACACACGCACACGCCCUCCCUGCCUCGCUCGCUGCCGCUGCCACCAUCUCGGAGCCGAGCCCUGCGGAGCGGGAACGCGAGCCGGAGCGGGAACCGGAGCCGAGCGGAGCCGAACCGGGGAAUGCAGUCCCGGAACGGAGCGGCGCGCGAAGUGCGCGCCCGGGACGCCUCCUGUGCCCACAGGCCCUGAGGCUCCGGUGCCCAAGGGCAAAGAGGGCAACUGAGUCAAACCCAGGCUGACCCCAGCCUAUUUGCAUUCCCCAAACGCCUGCCUGACUUGAGGGAUCCCAUGGCCAGGUCCCGGCUGCCUUGAGUCUGUGAGGCCCCACAGCCUCCCACCUGCAUCUCCAGGGCUCUGUCCCUGUCCAGCUCCUGGACCAGCUUCCGAGCCUACUCCUCGCCCCAGCCCGGCGACGCCUCAAGCUUCAGGACUCAGUGGGGCACAGUAGCAGUCACGGUGAGCGAGAGGAUGCUGGCGGGGGGCGUGAGGAGCAUGCCCAGCCCCCUCCUGGCUUGCUGGCAGCCCAUCCUCCUGCUGGUGCUGGGCUCGGUGCUGUCAGGCUCGGCCACUGGCUGCCCGCCCCGCUGCGAGUGCUCCGCCCAGGACCGCGCCGUGCUCUGCCACCGCAGGCGCUUCGUGGCGGUCCCCGAGGGCAUCCCCACCGAGACCCGCCUGCUGGACCUGGGUAAGAACCGCAUCAAAACGCUAAACCAGGACGAGUUCGCCAGCUUCCCACACCUGGAAGAGCUAGAGCUCAACGAGAACAUUGUGAGUGCUGUAGAGCCCGGCGCCUUCAACAACCUCUUUAGCCUCCGGACGCUGGGGCUGCGCAGCAACCGCCUGAAGCUCAUCCCCCUGGGUGUCUUCACCGGCCUCAGCAACCUGACCAAGCUGGACAUCAGCGAGAACAAGAUCGUCAUCCUGCUGGACUACAUGUUCCAGGACCUGUACAACCUCAAGUCGCUGGAGGUCGGCGACAACGACCUCGUCUACAUCUCCCACCGCGCCUUCAGUGGCCUCAACAGCCUGGAGCAGCUGACGCUCGAGAAAUGCAACCUGACCUCCAUCCCCACUGAGGCGCUGUCCCACCUGCACAGUCUCAUCGUCCUGAGGCUCCGGCACCUCAACAUCAACGCCAUCCGGGACUAUUCCUUCAAGAGGUUGUACCGGCUCAAGGUCUUGGAGAUCUCUCACUGGCCCUACUUGGACACCAUGACACCCAACUGCCUCUAUGGCCUCAACCUGACGUCCCUGUCCAUCACGCACUGCAAUCUGACCGCCGUGCCCUACCUGGCUGUGCGCCACCUGGUCUAUCUCCGCUUCCUCAACCUCUCCUACAAUCCCAUCAGCACCAUCGAGGGCGCCAUGCUGCAUGAGCUGCUGCGGCUGCAGGAGAUCCAGCUGGUGGGCGGGCAGCUGGCUGUGGUGGAGCCCUAUGCUUUCCGCGGCCUCAACUACCUGCGUGUGCUAAACGUCUCGGGCAACCAGCUGACCACCCUGGAGGAGUCAGCCUUCCACUCGGUGGGCAACCUGGAGACGCUCAUCCUGGACUCCAACCCACUGGCCUGCGACUGCCGGCUCCUGUGGGUGUUCCGGCGCCGCUGGCGGCUCAACUUCAACCGGCAGCAGCCCACGUGUGCUACACCCGAAUUCGUCCAAGGCAAGGAGUUCAAGGACUUCCCCGACGUGCUCCUGCCCAACUACUUUACCUGCCGCCGCGCCCGCAUCCGGGACCGCAAAGCCCAGCAGGUGUUUGUGGACGAGGGCCACACGGUGCAGUUUGUGUGCCGGGCUGAUGGCGACCCGCCGCCCGCCAUCCUCUGGCUCUCGCCCCGCAAGCACCUGGUCUCAGCCAAGAGCAACGGGCGGCUCACAGUCUUCCCUGAUGGCACGCUGGAGGUGCGCUAUGCCCAGGUCCAGGACAAUGGCACGUACCUGUGCAUUGCGGCCAACGCGGGCGGCAACGACUCCAUGCCAGCCCACCUGCAUGUGCGCAGCUACUCGCCCGACUGGCCCCAUCAGCCCAACAAGACCUUCGCCUUCAUCUCCAACCAGCCGGGCGAGGGAGAGGCCAACAGCACUCGAGCCACCGUGCCUUUCCCCUUCGACAUCAAGACCCUCAUCAUUGCCACCACCAUGGGCUUCAUCUCUUUCCUGGGCGUCGUCCUCUUCUGCCUGGUGCUCCUCUUUCUCUGGAGCCGGGGCAAGGGCAACACGAAGCACAACAUCGAGAUCGAGUAUGUGCCCCGCAAGUCGGACGCCGGCAUCAGCUCUGCCGACGCUCCACGCAAGUUCAACAUGAAAAUGAUAUGAGGACAGGGCAGCGGGGGCAGAGACCCCCGGGGUGAGCCGGGCAGGGGAAGGGGCCUGGCCGCCAUAAGCCCGCUCCUCAGUCCUUCCCGUCUCCUCCCUGCCCCUCCACACACUCUUUUUCUUCCUCCCAGCCCCGGUCCCUGCUGCCCCCCUCCCACCAGCCCUCACCGCCUGCCCUGUUCCUAGCAGGACCUCAGCAGUCCAGGCCUGGGGACCCCACCUGCACAGGGGCACUCGUUGACAGACUGGAGUUGGAAGCUGACAGACCAACAUGCAGCACAGUCAAUAAUUCAAUAAAAAAAAAGUUAAGAACUUCCUCUGUAACUUGGGUUUCAAUAAUUAUGGAUUUUUAUGAAAACUUGAAAUAAUAAAAAGAGAAAAAAACUAUUUCCUAUAGCUAGUCGGAAUGCAAACUUUUGACGUCCUGAUUGCUCCAGGGCCCUCUUCCAACUCAGUUUCUUGUUUUUCUCUUCCUCCUCCUCCUCCUUCUCUUCCUCCUUUCUCUUCUCUUCCCCUAUGGGGAGGGAUCACUCAGGAAAACAGGAAAGGAGUUUUGAGCCCCGCCUGCCCAGGUGGCUGACACGAGUGGGCAAGCGGGGCAGGUGCGGGCCCAGCUCUGGGCUGGCUGUUUGCAGGGAGCAGGUGGAGGAGACAGGGCUGCCUGGUGGGGGUGGGGGCUGUCGGCCAAACUGCCAGGAAGUGCUACUGCCAGGGGCUGGGGGGCCUGGCUCAGGUGUGGCUGAGACUCUGGACAGGGGCUGGGGUCCUCCGGGAGGACGGCACAGUCAGUGGAGAGAGCCAGGGGCUGGGGGAGGGACUGAAGCCCAACUUCUGGUCCCAGCUCUGCUGCUGACUUACCAUGUGGCUUCAAAUAGGUCAUUGACCCUCUCUGGGCCUCAGUCUCCACAUCUGUACAAAUGGAAUCGUUAUGCCCCGCCCUGCCUACCUCACAGGGCUGUUGUGAGGAAUUGAUGAGAUGAUGUAUGUGAAACACUUUGUAACCUGUAAAGCGCUGUGCACAUGUGUGGGUGACUGUU